GGCCCGGGUCCCUGGGGCACCCCCACGCCCCGCGCGCCCCUACCUGUGCCAAUGCGCCGGGGGGCGGGGCCUCGGCCGGAAGUGGCGCGGCGCUUCCGGGGGCGCGGAGCGAGGCGCCGAUGGCGGGGUACCUGAAGCUGCUGCGCGCUCCGCUGCGGCGGGGGCCGGUCCAGGCUGCCGGGGGGCGCCGCGAGAGCUGCUCCGGGGCCGAGCACCGGUGGCUGCAGCGGCACCUCCGCGACCCUUUCGUGAAGGCGGCGCGGGCGGAGAGCUACCGCUGCCGCAGCGCCUUCAAGCUGCUGGAGAUGGACCGCAAGCACCGGAUUCUGCGGCCCGGCCUGCGGGUGCUGGACUGUGGGGCCGCCCCGGGGUCCUGGAGCCAGGUGGCCGUGCAGAGGGUCAACGCGGCAGGCACAGACCCCAGCUCUCCCGUGGGCUUCGUGCUGGGCGUGGACGUUCUGCACGUCUUCCCCCUGGAGGGAGCGACUUUCCUGUGUCCCGCCGACGUGAUGGACCCGGGAGCCUGGCCCAGAAUCCGAGAGCUGCUUCCCGGGGGCGUGGCGGACGUGGUGCUGAGCGACAUGGCGCCCAACGCCACAGGGAUCCGGGCCCUGGACCACGACAGGCUCAUCAGCCUCUGCCUGGCCCUGGUGGACCUGGCUCCUGACCUCCUGCAGCCGGGGGGGACGCUGCUUUGUAAGACCUGGGCUGGAAGUCAGAGCCAUCGGCUGCAGAGCCGGCUGAGAGAGGAGUUCCUGAGUGUGAGGGCCGUGAAGCCCGAGGCCAGCAGGAAGGAGUCGGCGGAAGUGUACCUGCUGGCCACGCAGCACCGCGGGAGGAAGGGCCGGUGAGGCAGCCAGGCCCGGCACUGCGCCCCUCCUGACUCCCCGCGCGGCCCGUGCUCUGGGCCUGUGGCCUGUGGCCUGGAGAUGCGGCAGGACAAGAAGGGGAGCCUUUUCUUGUUUGGCACCAGCGAGGAAAGUUCAUGCAGAGGCCGCAACACACAGCGUUGGGUGUGGGUUCUGUGGGGAUGCAGGGAGAGGCAGGGCCAGGCAGGGCGGCCCCGCCUUCACAGCCUGCUGGCGGAUUUCAGAGAAGCAGGUGUUGGCGUGGCCCCAAGGACACAGCACGCGGGGGUCUCCCGGCUGCUCAGCUGCGUGGGUGUGGACCGGCCUGAGGUCCCCGACUGGGGCAGGCAGGCCCGGGCUGCUGGCCAUUAGGGGAGACGGGCUGUGAGUGUGCCCAGGGCCAGGCAGUCCGCUAGGUGGUUAAGAGUUCCAUGGUUUUAAAUAAAUAAUAAUAAUAAAAAAGCCGAGAAUGA